AUGCAGCUUCUUCACUCCGACGAACCCGCGUCUGAGCGGCGCGAUUCGCCGGAGAAGUCCGAGGAUUCUAACACAGCCUCAGAUUCUCUCGACUCCGGAACAGACGACGGCACGGCUGUAGACGUUACCGGAAAAAGCGUGGAGUUUCCGGCCGUGGAGAUUGCCGAGGACUCUGCCGAGAGCCUCUACGUGUACAAGAACAUGUACAGCCUUAUUCCGAAGUCGGUUUCGCGUCUAGCGCGGUUGCGAACGCUGAAGUUCUUCGGGAAUGAGAUUAACCUGUUCGCGCCCGAGGUCGGGAACUUGACAGCGUUGGAGUGCUUGCAGAUGAAGAUUUCCUCGCCGGGGAUUGGAGGCUUGCCGUUGCACACACUUCAGGGUUUGAAGGAACUCGAACUCUCCAAAGGACCUCCCAGACCUUCUGCUUUUCCCAUUUUGACAGAGAUUUCGGGUCUACAGUGCUUGACCAAGCUUUCCAUUUGUCAUUUCUCAAUACGAUACCUUCCUCCAGAAAUUGGAUGCCUGAAGAAACUGGAGUAUCUUGAUCUUUCAUUUAAUAAAAUGAAGACGUUGCCAGCGGAGAUUAGUUACUUGAGUGGCUUGAUAUCCAUGAAAGUUGCGAAUAAUAAGUUGAUGGAACUGCCGUCAGCUAUGUCUACUCUGUCAAGACUGGAGAGUUUGGACCUGUCGAAUAAUAGGUUGACUUCGUUAGAGUCCCUUGAACUUGCCUCCAUGCAUAGACUUCAGAAGCUAAAUCUUCAGUACAAUAAGCUGCUCAGGAUUUUUCAAAUUCCUUCAUGGAUAUGUUGUAAUAUGGAGGGAAAUGAUGAAGCUAGAUGCAAAGAUGAUUGUAGCAGUUCUUCUGUUGAAAUGGAUCUCUAUGAAAGCAACUUUCAGGAAAAUGAUGAAACCCAUUCUGAGGGCCCUGACAAUACCACAUCAAGCAUGCUAACAAGCUCCUCAUCUAGCAGCAGAUGUUUUGCAUCCCGGAAGGCUGGUAAGCGGUGGAAAAGACGGUAUUAUUUACAGCAGAAAGCUCGUCAAGAGCGCUUGAACAACAGUAGGAAGUGGAAAGCUAUAGAUCAUGAUCAGUUGUUGAGCAAGAAGAUUCACAGAAUUUCUGAACCAGGAAAUCGGGAUAGUCUUGAUUCUGAAACAUGUGAAGAAAUUGUACAAGAGAAUGGGAACCUGGAUGAUAAUAAAAGAAUAUUUUCUGAACAAGCAGUAAAUGACAAUGUAGUUGAGAAUGUUAACAAUGAUGAAGUAAUUAUUGAGAAGCACUUUUCUGGGGAAGAUUGCUGCACUACUGAAAUCAAAGAUGAAAAAGAUGCAUGCUUGUGCUCCUUAGAGAACAGGCAAAGUGAACAGGAUGAAGUAUCUUGUUUUGAACUUUUAGAAUGUGUCUCUAAAUCAAAGAGGCAUUUAGAUCGGGAUCUUGAUAAUCCUAAACCGUGCAAGUCUAGAAAGUCUAUCAAUGAUAGUUCAUCAUUGUCUGGCAAGUACAGCAGGAUCUCAUUUUGUGGCAUUGAAGACCAUCUAUCAGAUGGAUUUUAUGAUGCAGGACGGGAUCGGCCAUUUAUGCCUCUAGAGAAUUAUGAGAAAAAUCAGUGUUUUGCUUCUCGUGAAGUCAUCCUUUUAGACAGAAAAAAGGAUGAAGAGUUGGAUGCUGUUAUGCUAGCUGCUCAGGCAUUGGUCUAUAAUUUGAAGCAGUUAAAUGGUUUAAACAGACAUGGGAACCAGGAUGUGGUUGAUAACUUGCAGACAGCUUCACUGCUUGCACUCUUUGUAUCAGAUCAUUUUGGUGGCAGUGAUAGAGGAACUAUUGUAGAAAGAACACGGAAAUCUGUGUCGGGUUCAAACUAUAACAAACCUUUUUUCUGUACAUGCUCAGCUGGAAGCAGCACCAGUAUAAGGGAUUCCACUGAACCAGGUGUAAACACCAUAGAAGAUAUCACUCUUUCUAAGAUGUCAGAAAAAUCUAUUGACUCUAUUAAAAGAAGACAAAAUUCAAUCAUUGUUCCAAUUGGUUCUGUGCAGUAUGGUGUAUGUAGACAUAGAGCUCUGCUUUUUAAGUAUUUAUGUGAUCACAUGGAGCCAUCAAUUCCUUGUGAGCUUGUCAGGGGUUACUUAGAUUUUUCACCACAUGCCUGGAAUAUUAUUCUGAUUAAGAGAGGUGCUAAGUGGGUUCGAAUGCUGAUUGAUGCUUGUCGACCUCUUGAUAUAAGAGAAGAGAAAGAUCCUGAAUACUUUUGCAGGUACAUACCUCUUAAUCGAACUACAAUCCCUGUAUCAUCUAGAGGAAUUCCAAGUUCUGAUUAUUCUUUUCCAUCACUUACUACAUCUGAUGAACUUGAGACAAAGGCUUCAACUACUUUAGUUAAAUGCAAAAUUGGAUCAGUUGAGGCUGCGUCAAAGGUGCGUACUUUGGCAGAUCAAGGGAGUUCUGUUGACAAAAUUAAAAACUUCGAGUAUAAUUGUCUGGGAGAAAUUAGAAUUCUUGGUGCUUUAAAGCACCCCUGCAUAGUGGAAAUGUAUGGACACCAAAUGUCAUGUCAAUGGUCUGUCUCAGCUGAUGGUAAUCCUGAACACCGUGUAUUAAGAUCUGCCAUUUUUAUGGAGUAUGUGGAAGGGGGCUCCUUAAAAAACUAUCUGGAGAAGCUGUCAGAUUCUGGUAAAAAGCAUGUUCCUGUGGAGUUGGCUUUGCAUAUUGCCAAAGAUGUCUCAUGUGCUUUGUCAGAGCUGCACUCAAGGCACAUAAUUCAUCGUGACAUAAAAAGUGAAAACAUUCUGUUUGAUUUAGAUAGGAAGAGAGAGAAUGGAGCUCCCACUGUGAAGCUCUGUGAUUUUGAUAGUGCAGUGCCACUAAGAUCAAGUUUACAUGCAUGUUGUAUUGCUCAAUUGGGAACACCUCCUCCCUGUGUAUGUGUUGGAACACCUCGGUGGAUGGCUCCAGAGGUUAUGCGGACUAUGUACAAAAAAAAUUCUUAUGGAUUGGAAGCUGACAUUUGGUCGUUUGGAUGUUUACUUUUGGAGAUGCUUACUCUGCAAAUUCCAUAUUCUGGGCUUCCUGAUUCAAACUUCCUUGAUAGUCUGCAGAUGGGUACACGACCACAAUUAACUGAUGAGCUGGAGGCAUUGAGUUCAACGGAUGAACCCUCAAUGAUUCCGUCUGGUGAAGAGCUAGAGAAAUCAGAUGCGGAGGUUGACAUGUUGAAAUUUCUUGUUGAUCUGUUUCUCAAGUGCGUAGAAGAAAAUCCUAACAAGCGUCCUACAGCUGAAGAAAUCCAUAAAAUGCUGCUUGCACACACACACACACAGGUCGUUUACAACUGUCCAAGUCUUCAGAGAGUUGUAUCGUUUGUACAUUUUCAAGGGGUUUGGUCCAUGAGGCUCUACUGUAGUCUGGUUGAGAUCGUUAUAUUGCAGCUAGAUCUCUUUCGGAUGAUUAAGAUCCGUAUAACUGUAAAAAAUGCAAGGAAACACAAUGAAGAUAGAGUUGGCAAACCAUUUUAUCUGGGACAGGUUGAUGGCAAAUGCUUACGAAAAAAUUCAAUGAAAGCGAAGAAUGGAAAUAUCUUUUUGGCUUUAGAUGCUGCUAAGCUUGCUUUACAUGGGCUGGUGAUCGUGCCUAUUCCUUUUCUUUUUCUUGUCUCUAUUUUUCUACCUCCUGACUUGGUUGGCAGUUUUUGCCACAUUGGUUUAACUAAAGAGAUUGAGACCCCAAAUAACCAAAUAGAACAUGCUUUCCUCAAAUCAAAUGCGGACCACCUGUGCCCUCUGGCUUCGAGCCAGCCUGAUCCGAUUCGUGCUUCGGUUGUCUUUCUUUAUUUCCUUGGUGGGGGUGAUGGCAGUGAAAUUCUGUCUUUAGGGUUCAUGUUGAUGUUGUUUGUUCUUUCUGGAUUUCCUAAGGUGAGUGAUGUCUACUAA